GCGAGCGGCGGGACCCGCGGGGCGACACCGACCCCCAGCACCGACCCCAACCCCGACCCCAACCCCGACCCCAGCACCGACAGCCGGGGGCGCGGGCCGCCCGCCGUCCUUAAGGUGGAUCGCGCUUAAGGUGGAGCGCUGCCGCGAGGCGGACCGGGCGUUAAGGUGGAUCGCGCUUAAGGUGGACUCUCGGCGAAGCCGCGCCUGCCGGCGGGGGGGCCGGGGCUCGGCAUGGGGAGCCCCGCCUGAAGCGGGGCCCGAGGAGCCGCGCCGGCCCGGCCCGAGGAGGAGGAGGAGGAGGAGAUGGGGGAGGCCCGCCGCUGAGGAGCCAGCUUCGCCCCGGCCGCUGACAAUGCCCGGCUCCCGGCCGCUCGGCAGGAAAAGGCAGCCCAUGGACGAGGGCGAGGCAGCUCCUUCAUCACCGCCAUCCUCCUCCUCCUCCUCCUCCUCCUCGUCCCUUUGCAGCUCUGAAGCCGCCCCGGCCGCAGCCUCCCCGCCGGCCCCCGGGACCCCCCGGCGCAGCGCCAUGGAGGCGGUGGGAAAGUUUGAGUUCAGCAGGAAGGACCUGAUCGGGCACGGAGCCUUCGCCGUCGUCUUCAAAGGCAGGCACAAAGAGAAACCUGAGCUGGAAGUAGCUGUGAAAUGCAUUAACAAGAAGAACCUUGCAAAAUCACAAACUCUGCUGGGCAAGGAAAUAAAAAUCCUUAAGGAAUUGAAGCAUGAAAACAUUGUUGCCUUGUAUGACUUCCAGGAACUGGCAAACUCUGUCUACUUGGUUAUGGAGUACUGUAAUGGUGGUGACCUGGCUGACUACCUUCACACUAUGCGGACACUUAGUGAAGACACCAUCAGGCUCUUUCUCCAGCAGAUAGCAGGUGCCAUGAAAAUGCUGCACAGCAAAGGCAUCAUCCAUCGGGACUUGAAACCACAGAAUAUCCUCCUUUCCUACGCUGGAGGCAGGAAAUCAAAUCCCAACAACAUCCGCAUAAAGAUCGCUGACUUUGGGUUUGCCCGGUAUCUGCAGAACAAUAUGAUGGCAGCAACAUUGUGUGGUUCACCCAUGUACAUGGCACCAGAAGUCAUUAUGUCACAACACUACGAUGCCAAAGCUGACCUCUGGAGUAUAGGAACCAUCAUUUAUCAGUGUCUAACGGGAAAGGCUCCUUUUCAGGCCAGCAGCCCACAGGAUCUCCGCCUCUUCUAUGAGAAAAACAAGAUGCUGAUGCCCAACAUCCCCAGGGAGACAUCAAGCCACCUGAGGCAGCUCCUGCUGGGCCUUUUGCAGCGUAACCAUAAGGACCGCAUGGACUUUGAUGAGUUUUUCCAUCACCCAUUCUUGGAUGCAAGUGCCUCUAUGAAAAAAUCUGCUUCCGUGCCAAUGCCUUCUUAUCCCAGUUCAGGCUCCGGUAGUUCCUCCAGCAGCUCUUCCACUUCCCACCUGGCAUCACCUCCUCAGUCCCUUGGAGAGAUGCAGCAGCAGCUGCAGGAGAAGGCGCUGGCGUCUCCUACCCAGGAUUCUCCUGGCUUUCUGCAUGGAUCUAAGGACUCUGCUGGGAGCAGCAGCAAGAAUUCGUCCUGUGACACAGAUGACUUCGUCAUGGUCCCAGCACAGUUCUCAAGUGAUUUAACUGCUGAGGCUGCAGGAGGGAAACCAAUCCAGGACAGUCUGAUGUACAGCGGGAGUUCUUUGGUGACUUCAGCAGGCUUGGAAAGCCAGGGAAGGACACCAUCUCCAUCACCCCCGUACAGCAGUUCUCCAAGCCCAUCCAGCCGGCCAGGUCAGUUUUCCAGCAGCAAGUACGGACACUCCGUGCCCAUUCCGGUCCCAACACAAAUCCACAACUACCGUCGGAUCGAGCAGAACCUGCAGUCUCCCAACCCGUACAGCUCUCCCCGGUCUGGUACAGUCCGGAGGUCCAGCAGUACGAGUCCUCUCGGUUUUCCCAAGACUGGUGCUUCCCCUCCUUAUCCUGGAGAGCAUGGAUCAGUGCCCAGCUCUAAAAAGUUCUCCUUUGGCGGUGCCAAGCCCUUUAUGCCAUCACCACAAGUUGGAACAAUCCCAGAGCAGCCCAGCCAGACUGUUAUCCCAUCUUCUCUUGGAGCAGAAGUGAGAAGCCGUAUUCCUGUUGCUGGUUCCUCGGCGCCUGAACAAUCUCCUCGAGGGAUGGGCUCCCGGCUCCACAGUGCUCCCAACCUGUCGGAUUUGCAUUCCUGCAGGCAGAAGAUAACCAAGCAGCACUCUGAUCCUCUUGUUGCUCACUUUGGUCAUACCCCAGUCAGCCAGCCUCUGCAGAUUCAUGGCUUGCAGCACUGCCGGCAGCUCCGAUCCUCACCAAAGCUCUCCGAGUUCAUGCAGAGAAGCCCUUUGCCAACAAUAAUGGGCUCCCCUACAAAGGCUGUGUCCCCAUUUGAGUUUCCCAAAACCCCAAGUUCCCAGAAUCUCCUCACCCUCUUGGCCCAUCAGGGGGUCAUGAUGACUCCGACACGGAACAAGACCUUGCCGGAUCUGAAGGAGAUGGGUCACUUCCACUGCCAGCAGACUGGGUUGGGAUUGAGGCCUGUGGAAGAGAUCAAGGGCAGAUCUCUGAGCACAGGCAGGCUCACUGACCUGCUUCUGAAGGCAGCCUUCGGGGCACAGAUCUCGGAAGCUGGCAGCAGCGACAGCCUGAACAAUGAGAAGCCAAUGGAAAUUGCAGCUCCCUCAGGUGCUUACGGAGGGACCCUGCACUCUGGUGCCCGGGCUGGGGGCUCUGCCAGCCCAUCCCCAGUGAUUUUUACUGUUGGAUCCCCUCCCAGUGGAACAACCCCCCCACAGACCACGAGGACCAGGAUGUUUUCAGUGGGGUCUUCCAGCUCCCUCAGUUCUGGAGGCUCCUUCAGUGGCAGGCACUUGGCAGUGGGAGCUGGUGGGGAGGCUCUGGAAGGUCCCUCGAGCCUCCGGUUCGCGUUUGCCGAUCCCAUCACCGCCAACCUCGAAGGUGCUGUUACAUUUGAGGCACCAGAGUUGCCUGAAGAGACGCUCAUGGAGCAAGAGCACACGGACAUCCUGCGCAGCCUCCGCUUCACCCUGGCCUUCGUGCACUAUGUGAUGGAGAUUGCAGCCCUGAAGGGCAGCUCCAGCGAGAUGGGCACCUCAGUGACCUCUGAGUACCAGCUCCAGGAGAGUGUGGUGGCCGACCAGAUCAGCCUCCUGAGCCGGGAGUGGAGCUAUGCAGAGCAGCUCGUGCUGUACCUGAAGGUGGCAGAGCUCCUGUCCUCGGGGCUGCAGAUGGCCAUAGAGCAGAUCAAAGCUGGCAAGCUGUGCCUCUCCUCCACUGUCAAGCAAGUUGUGAAGAAGCUGAAUGAGCUUUAUAAAUCCAGUGUAUCGUCCUGCCACUGCCUCAACGUGAGACUCCAGAGGUUCUUCUUGGACAAACAGAAGCUCAUGGAUCGGAUCAACAGCAUCACUGCAGAGAAGCUCAUCUUCAGCUACGCUGUGCAAAUGGUGCAGUCUGCAGCCCUGGAUGAGAUGUUCCACCACAGAGAGGACUGUGCACAGAGGUACCACAAGGCUCUGCUGCUGAUGGAGGGGCUCCUGAACAUCAUCACUGAACAGGGAGACAUAGAAAACAUCAGUAAAUGUAAGCUGUGCAUCGAGCGCAGGCUGUCGGCGCUGCUGUCGGGGUUCUGUGCCUGAUUUCAGUGGUGUUGUUCCUCACACACCUCGCCCCAGCUGAUUGCUUUGUUCCCAACGGCCUGCUGCUGUGCUGGGAAACCACUGUGGCAGUAGGAGACCUGGAGGAUGAACUGCUCACUGUUUUGUAUUUGGACGUUUUGGGAAGUUGUUCCACAGACUCGGAUUCCUUUGUGGGGACGUGUGGCGGCAGCAAGCACAAAUAAUUCCCUGCCCGAGGGCCUGGGCGAAGACAUGGCCAAUGUGGGAAGGUCUCCCUCGUUGUCAGAGGGGAUGAAAGAUAGAAGUCUGCUUCUUCCCAGCACGUUGAAGGAUAAGACUGCUGCCUACCCCUCUUGCUUAAGAACAGGGUAUUCCAGUGCUGUGUCCAUUGCAGGCAAUGGAUGUGCUGAAACUGCUGGCUUCAGUUAAUGUUGGAGGGUGUCAUUCAGAAAUAAAGGCCAGUUUGUGUACUUCCCCCUUCCCAGCUGAGAGCCAGGCAUCUUCAAGCUUCCUGGCAACCGGAGGCUCCCCUCCAUUCUCUCCUUUGUCCCUUCUCAUUGUGUUCAUGCCUUGGAGUGCUUCCUGCAUGGCAGAGAGGAGGGAGUCAGCUCCUCUCGCCUGAGCGUCGCCGAAGGAGCUCCCACCUCCACAGACUUGCUGAGCGAGGCAGAGGACGUGCUGCUGCUGCUGCUACUGGGAAGCAAAUCCCAUGGCUGCUGUGUGGGCUCCCUCUCUGCCUGCCUGGAUGGGCGACCAACACAGGGAAAGGGACUGUGCAGGAAACAGGAGGACGACGGAAAGCGCGACGCUCCUGUGUUCGUAAGAAACCAAAAUGAAUCCGUUCCUCCCUUGGUCCCCAAGCCCAGUGGGAUCAAUGUGAAAGACUCCUGGCUGUUGAGCUCAUCCCUACCAGGAGGAAGCACUGGCACUGUCCUGCUUUCAGCUGUUGGCUCAAUAACCCCUUCCUGGAGCCCCCCCAGACUGAAAACACUAGCUUUGUGAAUCAAAGGAGCACUUUACACACUAUGGGAACUUUGAGAAGUUGACUUUGCAUCACACAACAACCCAGGAACACCACGACUGUUAGGAAUGCUGUUCUUUUUAUUCCUUUCCUUGCUUCCUGGUUGUUUUAUUGCACUACGUGUGUGCGUAUAUUAAUAUGUAUUCCUGAGAGUGAAUAUAUAUUGAUAUUGAUAUGGUUUGUGUGUAACUGUACGUAUUUAACUGUACUGUAUCUCGUGAGUGUGAGGCAAAGAGCACUGCAGAGUCUGUGCUGUUCCUCCUCCUCACCAGGCAAAGCUGACUUGCAGUCUGGCAGUACCAAGAUUUGUUUUGUUUUUUAUUUAAAUGUUCUUUUAAGGACAGUCGAUACAAAGCUCCGUGCUUUUUAAGAGCUGAAGAACAGGCGUUAAGAUCCCACACACUUACACUUGGAAAUGCGUUUUUUUAAGAAGUUUUAUUUGCUGCUUCGUUGUUGUUGGGGUUUUUUUUAUAAAGAAAUCUCGUAGCGUUCAGUUUUAUGUUCAGCAUUUCUUUCAAGGAGACUCUGCAGCCAAAUGAGACUGUGGGUGUGAGUGGGUCGAGUUCUGGUUGAGGCUUUCGGGUGCUGUGAGCAUGUGUGUGAGAGGAGAGCUGCCUGCCUCCCAUCUGUCUGUGAGAGCAUGAGUGUGUCAGACCUGAGUCGUGGCAGUAUUUUGUUAGAGCUGGGCAGAAAAGUAUCUUCGAAAGCAACUCGAAACCUCAGGCUUAGUUUUUGGGGAUCUAAAACAUAUUUUUGCACACGGUGGUUAGGUCCUCGUUGCUUUUUUUUUUUCCCCUCUCCAUGUUGGCACGUUCAUUGUGAUACUUUACAAGGGUUUCAGGAGCAACUUCAUUGGUUUUGGAGCUGGCGCCGUGUUUGGCAACACGGGGUGUUCCUGUUCGCAGAGCAGAAAUGCCAGUAAAGAAAUUUUAAAAUAUUUCCAAUUGCAACACGGGGUGUUUCUGUUCACAGAGCAGAAAUGCCAAGAAAGAAAUUUUUAAAAAUAUUUCCAACUGCCCCCACCAGGGAGGUUUUAAGUGUAGCUUUCACAAAUGCUUCAGUAUUUGGCCGCUGUUACCCCGUACGUCCACAGUCUGCCGCUUCUGUGGCCGUUUGUGCUUGUGCCUGGGAAAAAAAGAGAAAGGGAAGAAGACAAGACAAAACCAACCAACCAACCCUCCCCAGCCUGUGGACAGAAACGCCGAGGAGACCCAGACUGCUGCUGAAAGGCUUUGGCCAGAUCUGCAAAGGGCUGCGCUGCGGGCGGGAGCACCGGGAGGCAGCGCCAAGCCAGGACUGACUCUGCAAUACCAACUCCUGCUGCACACCCCAGACCCUCCUGGCAAAGCCCCCGGGGGCUCCCUGCCAGGGAGAGGCACAUCCCGGGAUCCACGUCCCUGCCGCGCCCCAGUGACCCGUGUGUGUGUGUGUGUGGCAAGCUCAGCACUAACCUUCCAGCUGUACUUAAUUACUUGAAUGUAUCAAAAAGUUGUCCACAUUCAAUGUAUACAAGUAUAUAUUGCUCCAAAAAAAAAAAAAAAUAAAAAAUUGUGGUUUACAGACCUACAACCAAUAUAUAUGUAUGUGUUUGUGUAUAUACAUACAAGGCUGUGUGUGUGUAUGUGUGUGCAUGGGUAGAGAUACACACACAAACACAAACGUGUAUAUAUAUGUUUUCUCUCAAUACUUGAAACUUAGCCACUGUGCUUGAAUUAAAAAAAAAAACAACAAAACAAACAAACAAAAAAAAAAA